CAAGACCCCGCAUCGUUUUGUUGCGUAGGUGUCCGUGUAAACCACACGUCAUUUCCAUUUUUCUGGUUAUUUCCGGCGGCAACCGCGAGACGCAUCAACUUCUUCUGAAAAGGAAGCAAUGGAUUUUUUGCUUGAGGGAACAAAUGAGGACGCAUCUGAAUGCCAUUUUGAUGACAAGGACAUUCAGAGAUGCCCAUUUUUGAGGAACAUCAACAAGCCAACCAGCUUUUCGUUCUCUCCUCUGAAUUUCCUUAAUCCUGUACAAGGAGCUAAAGGUCCAAUUUUUGAAGAUGGCCCGAAUUUUGGUAUGGCGUUUAAGCUCUUUCAUGGCAAGGAUGGGGUUGUCCCACUCUCAAAUCAGUCCAGCUUUUAUGAUAACACUUUGGAACCCGAGCCUGCUCCUCAGUUCAAUCCCUUAGCUGCAAAAGCUGCCACCAUCAGUCUGUCCGCAUUUGGUCCUGGUGGACCGUUUGGCUUUGGUUCCUUCAAUGAUAAGUGGAAGAAUCAGAAAAAGAAAUCAGAAUCAGCUAGCAAGAAAGAACCAUCUUCUCAGAAAGGAAACACUUCAAAACAUGAGGCAAUGGGAAACGAAUGGCUGGAAACAGGCAACUGCCCCAUAGCUAAGUCCUAUAGAGCUGUGAGCCGUGUACUCCCACUAGUAGCAUCGACUCUUCAGCCACCCCCUAGCAUGAAGCUUAGGUGUCCGCCUGCUAUAGUUGCGGCAAGGGCUGCCCUAGCCCGGACUGCCCUUGUUAAAAACUUGAGACCUCAGCCACUACCUGCAAAGAUGCUUGUCAUUGCUCUGUUGGGCAUGGCCGUGAAUGUACCAUUGGGCAUGUGGAAGGAACACACAGAGAAGUUCUCUCUUCAAUGGUUUGCAGCUGUGCAUGCAGCUGUGCCCUUCAUAGCCAUGCUAAGGAAGUCUGUCUUGAUGCCAAAAACUGCCAUGGCACUGACCAUUGGAGCUUCUAUCCUAGGGCAGAUUAUUGGUUCUAGAGCUGAGAGGCACCGGUUGAAAACUGUGGCUAGCAAGGAAAGGUUGGAAGUAAAAACAGCAAUUGCUGCUGCCGUUGACAGAUACAGCCCAAGCCAGGUCAGUGGCAAUGCUGGCACUAAUUGUGGUACAGAGAUGUUAUGGGACCCUCUUCUUAUUAAGGCUAGCGGAAGCAAAUCAUCUACCAAUGUUUGUUUCUAACAACACAAACUGAGUGGAAUGGAAUAAAAAAAACGGCAGCAGUAUUCAUGCGAAUAAUGCCAAGAUUUGGAGAUUAAACUUUCAGUGAAGCCUAUGGCAUGUAACAUAUGAAGUGUUUAUUUCUUGUGCUUUUUAUGUAACAUGAGUUGCAACUCAAUCAUAAGGGCA